UUGAGCAGUCGAGGGAGAGAACUAAAGUGUGACAAAGAAAAAGAUGGGAAGAGAGUAUCAAUUUUCUAACAAGUUGAAACUCCUCAUAACCGUAUUUUUGCUUCACUUGUGCUAUGCAGGAUCUCACAUAGUGUCAAGAGUGGCGCUAAACAUGGGCAUAAGCAAACUGCUACUCCUUGUCUACAGAAAUAUCAUUGCUGUAGUUUUGCUGGCUCCCUUUGCCUAUUUUCUAGAAAAGAAUGACAGGCCACCUCUUACCUUCUCGAUCCUAAUUGAGUUGUUUCUUCUUGCGCUUUGUGGAAUUACAGCUAACCAAGGGUCUUACAUACUGGGUUUGUACUACUUGUCUCCAACUUAUGUAUCUGCAAUACAGAAUUCAACUCCAGCGAUCACAUUUGCGAUGGCUGCAGCCUUAAGGCUUGAAAAAUUGAACAUUAAGAAGAGGUAUGGCAUUGCAAAGGUGAUGGGAACUGCAGUUUGUAUUAGUGGAGCAACCAUCUUAACCUUGUAUAAGGGUUCUCCUCUUCUUCAACACCACCUAAACCUCACAAUACUGGGAAAAUCCUUGAUCAUCUCUUCAAACCAGAUAAUGCAUUGGACCUUAGGAUGUGUCUAUAUUCUACUAAACUGUGUUGCUUGGUCUGGUUGGAUGGUUUUCCAGUUUGUUGCCAUAGCAGCAUUCACUGAAAGGGAUGUUGAGAGGUGGAAGAUCCAUUCAGGAGAAGAGCUCCUCGCCGUUCUUUAUGCGGGCCUAGUUGGUUCAGGGAUUACUUUCUCUCUUCAGACAUGGUGCAUUGAUAGGGCAGGCCCACUAUUCGUUGCUGUUUUCCAACCUGUACAGACUGUCUUGGUGGCCAUCCUCGCAGCCAUUAUACUUGGAGAUCAAUUGUACUCUGGUGGGCUUAUAGGGUUCAUACUUAUAAUGGUGGGGCUUUAUUCUGUACUGUGGGGGAAGAAUGAGGAGAACAAAGUUGGAAACCUGGAAAAAGAGGAUCUCACAAACCACCUUCUUGAGCAGCAAUAAAAGUCUGAGAAAGUCAAGAUAUGAAGGCAUUAAGACAUUAUUCAUGUGACAUUAUAUUAUCAAUAACUUUCUAUUAAUGUUA